UAUUGACUAUUUUAGCAUUCAUUUGCUAGCUGUAUUCAGUUUCAUUUGUAAACAGUAUGACACAAAAGCAAAUGCUUGUAAAAACCUACUAAAAUGGCGCGAAUAGACUCUGCUGAUAAAUACACAAAUGGCCUAGCGCUGCUGAUGUGCAAAUUUUGCCAGGAUUAUUACCACAAUCCAAAGAUCCUUGAGCCGUGUCGUCAUACAUUCUGCCUCAAGUGUAUUCAAUCGGUUAUUAAUCAUCAAAGUUACCGUGAUGUCAUGGAAUACAAGAUAUUUUGCCCUGCUUGCCGCUACACAUGCACAGUGCCAUUUGGUGGAGCUGCUGGGUUGCAGUCCAAUCGUUUCAUCAAGGCUUUGAGCGAUUUUUGGACAGACCGUCUAACAGUUGAGAAUUUUUCAAUAAAGCAUAACGAUUAUAAGGAAGAACUGGAGUUCAGGAAAGUUACCUUGACGAAUAAAGCUAAAGAUGAAGAUGACUAUAACUUCGACAUAAAACAUGAUUUAACCAAAGCUGAGAAAAUGGAUUUUGUCUCGGAGCAGAAUAAAAACUGUAAAAUGCCAGGGAUAUGCGUUGAUGAUCUAGGGAACACAAUUGUUGCAGAGUAUAAGAACCACCGUGUAGCCCUAUAUGCUCCGGAUGGUACAUUUAUCCGUUAUAUUUUAACCGAGGAAUCAGGCUUGAAAAAUCCUACUGCACUUUGUGUUGAUACAAGGAAGAACUUGAUUGUUGGGACAGGAGAUGGUCAGCUUAUUGUGGCUAAAUACAGGAGUGAUGCCCUACCCAGAAUGCCUGGGGAAGAAGACUACUAAGUGUCAGAUAGCUGGGAACUCAGACUGGAGUAUUAGGAUGCCUUAAAAGUAAAAAAGUUGGCUGGUUAUAUCAAUCAUAACAUAAAAGGAAAAUGAAUGUGAGGAAAAGCAAACAGCAAUCAAUAUAUUGAGCCAGAUGUACUCGUAUAUGAAUAUAUAUCACAAUAAUGCAUAAUGAGAACUCAU